CCCGAGUGAAAAACAGCGCCCGUCGCUUUGAUCCGUUCCCUUCCUAAAUGUGUUGCCUGCCUGUGCACCGGGAACUGUGCUGGAUGGUCCCCGAGAUGCAGACGUUCGUCCACGUUCUCUGGGCCUCACAUCAACGGAAUUCCAUUAGGAGGUGGCACCGUCACACUCUUAACCAAACGUGCACCGGGCAUGGGCCUGUGUUGCGAUCUGUCAGGCAUCGGGAAGAAAUUCAGACGUUUCUCGAAGGAACUUAUUCCCAUGGGCCUUGGGAGAAUUUUUAUCCCUUCUGCGCUGUCCUGGAAGUGGGUGCAUGAGGGACUCAACAAAAUGAAACCAGGACACUUAUGGCUGCGUCUUGCACUGCUUGGGGCCUCCCUUCCAGCUGCGCUGGGAUGGAUGGACCCAGGACCCAGCAGAGGCCUGAACGUGGGUGUGGGUGAUGCACAAGCAGAGGAGUCCAGAAGCUUUGAAGUCACAAGAAGAGAAGGACUUUCUGGCCAUGAUGGGCUGCCAGCCUCCUGUGGGAAGAAGUUCUGCAGCCGUGGAAGCAGGUGCAUGAUCAGCAGAGAGACCGGGGAGCCCGAAUGCCGGUGCCUGGAGGCAUGCAGGCCCAGCUACAUGCCCGUGUGUGGCUCUGAUGGGAGAUUUUAUGAGAACCACUGCGAGCUCCACCGUGCAGCUUGCCUGCUGGAGAAGAAGAUCCUCAUUGUCCACAGCAAGGACUGUUUCCUUAAAGAUGACCCAUGCACCGUGGCUGACUAUGCCCGCCUGAAGAAUGUCCUUCUGGCCCUCCAGACCCGUCAGCGGCCACUCCCAGAUGGGGACAGCAGACAAGACCCUGCCUCCCAGAAGCGCCUCCUGGUGGAAUCUCUGUUUACAGACUUGGAUGCAGAUGGGGACGGCCAACUCAGCAGCUCUGAACUGGCUCAGCACGUGCUGAAGGAGCAGGACCUGGAGGAGGACUUCCUGGGGUGCUCGCCCAGCGACCUCCUCCGAUUUGAUGACUACAACAAUGACGGCUCCCUGGCCCUCCACGAGCUCUACACAGCCUUCCAGGUGGUUCAGCUCCGCCUCGCCCCCGAGGAGAGGGUCAGCGUGGCCACAGUGACCGUGGGACUGAGCAUCGUGCUGACCUGCGCUAUCCGUGGAGACCUGCGGCCGCCCAUCGUCUGGAAGCGCAAUGGGCUUGCCCUCAACUUCAUGGCCUUGGAAGACAUCAGUGACUUCGGAGAGGACAACUCCCUCUACAUCACCAAGGUGACCACCGUCCACAUGGGCAACUACACCUGCCACGCCUCCGGCCAUGAUGAGCUCUUCCAGACCCACGUCCUGCAGGUGAAUGUGCCACCAGUCAUCCGCGUGUAUCCAGAGACCCAGGCACAGGAGCCCGGGGUGGCAGCCAGUCUGAGAUGCCAUGCAGAGGGCAUUCCUAUGCCCAGAAUCACUUGGCUGAAAAAUGGAAUGGAUGUCUCCACCCAGAUGUCGAAACAGCUCUCCCUAUUAGCCAAUGGAAGCGAGCUCCACAUCAGCAGUGUCCGGUAUGAAGACACAGGGGCAUAUACCUGCAUUGCCAAAAACGAAGUGGGCGUGGACGAGGAUAUCUCCUCACUUUUCAUCGAAGACUCGGCUAGAAAAACCCUUGCAAACAUUCUGUGGCGAGAGGAAGGCCUCAGUGUGGGAAACAUGUUCUAUGUCUUCUCCGAUGAUGGCAUCAUCAUCCUGCACCCCGUGGACUGUGAGAUCCAGAGGCACCUCAAACCCACUGAGAAGAUCUUCAUGAGCUAUGAAGAAAUCUGUCCCCAAGGGGAAAGAAAUGCCACCCAGCCAUGCCAGUGGGCCUCGGCAGUGAACAUCCGACACCGGUACAUCUACGUGGCCCAACCAGCACUGAACAGAGUCCUCGUGGUGGAUGUGCAAGCUCAGAAAGUUCUACAGUCCAUAGGUGUGGACCCUCUGCCAGCUAAGCUGUCCUAUGACAAGUCUCAUGACCAAGUGUGGGUCCUGAGCUGGGGGGACAUACACAAGUCCCACCCGAGCCUCCAGGUGAUCACAGAAGCCAGCACUGGCCAGGGCCAGCACCUUAUCCGCACACCUUUUGCAGGAGUGGACGAUUUCUUUAUUCCUCCAACAAACCUCAUCAUCAACCAUAUCAGGUUCGGCUUCAUCUUCAACAAGUCGGACCCCGCGGUGCACAAAGUUGAUCUGGAAACACUGGUGCUCCUCAAGACCAUCAGCCUCCAGAGCCACGGCUGCGUGCCACGAGCCAUGGCCCACAGCCACCUGGGCGGCUACUUCUUCAUCCAGUGCCGGGAGGACAGCCCCCCGGCCUCCGCGGCCCAGCUACUGCUCGACAGCGUCACGGACUCCGUGGUGGGCCCCAACGGCGAUGUGACUGGCACCCCCCAUGUGUCCCCCGAUGGGCGCUUCGUGGUCAGUGCCGCCCCCAGCAGCCCCCAGCUGCAUGUGCAGGAGAUCACGCUGCAGGGCCACAUCCAGACCCUCUACAGCCUGCCACUGAGCCAGGGCGUCUCGGACGUGGCCUUCCAGCCCUCCUUCACGCAGGGCAAUCAGUAUUAUGUCUAUGCCAGUGCGGACAUGGAGCCAGACCUGCUGUUCCUGGAGCUGUCCACGGGGCAGAUGGGCGCCCUGAAGAACUUACAGGAGCCGCCCGCGGGCCCGGCCCAGCCUUGGGGGGGCGCCCGCAGGAUCGUGAGGGACAGCGGGCUCUUCGGGCAGUACCUCCUCACGCCCGCCCAGGAGUCGCUGUUUCUCAUCAACGGGAGGCAAAGCACCCUGCACUGCGAGGUGUCAGGCGUAAGGCGGGGGACCACGGCCGUGUGGGUGGGCGAGGUAUGAAGGCGCCCGGCGCAGAGCCCAGGCCCCGAGCUCCUAGUCCUCACUCCGCAGCCCCAAGCAGGCGCCCUGUACAUUUUUACAGACAAAAGCAAAACCUGUAUUCGCUUCGUGGUUCAACACUGGUCUCCCUGCAAGUUUCCUAGUAUAAGGUAUGCGCUGCUAACCAGAUUGGGGAUUUUCAUUGGGAAGUAUGAUUUAUGCCUUGAGCUACGGUGAGAACACAUGCUGCUGUGUAAAGGAAUCAUGUCUGUGCCCAGCUCCACACCAUGUCACCCGGGGACGCCGUGGAACCAGAGCUCCGGCUUUCCGGGCUGACACUUCUGUCGGUUGCCUUCAUGCACUCAUUGCCCCUCACCGCCGGGUCCGGCCAGACUUCGCCCUGACGAGCGGCCCGAAGGCCGGCCCAGAAACAGGCUCCCGGGAGCAGGGCUGCAGGCUCCAGGCAUGAGAGCCACGUCUGCCCGCGUCCUGAACCCUCUCUUCUCUGCACAGCUGCUUCGUGCUUUUCUUUCCAUGUGACUUGGUGUCAGCCUGCGGGAGAGCCGACAAGACUUCUUGCAUCUUGGGGGAUGGGGAAAUCACUUACUUUAUUUUGGAAAUUUUGAUUAAAAGAUAAUUUUUUAUAAUCUGAAA